UAACAAACCUCCCAUUUUCUUUAUUUUAUUCGUCAGAAUGUGCAUCGAGAUCGAGUCAACAUUAACAAAGAGAGUAAAAGAACAAAGCGUUUCUCCUGCACUUAUAAAUUUAUAAUCACUCCAAUAGCAAUACACACAGAGCUAAAUCUCAAGCGUCAUUGUUAGCAUCAGCAAUGGCUAAUUGCAAGCCACAGAAGAAAGUUCUAUUGUUAUGUGGGGAUUACAUGGAAGAUUAUGAGGCUAUGGUUCCAUUUCAAGCCUUGCAGGCUUAUGGAAUAGCAGUUGAUGCUGUUUGUCCUGGAAAGAAAGCUGGUGAUUAUUGCCGCACUACAGUUGGGGACUCUGGUGCCUAUCAUGGAUAUCAGACUUAUACUGAGAAGCCUGGGCACAACUUUAGUCUCAAUGCAACUUUCGAUGAAGUUGAUUUCAGCAAAUAUGAUGCGCUUGUUAUACCAGGAGGAAGGGCUCCAGAAUAUCUUGCCAUCAAUGAAUCUGUGUUAAAUUGUGCGAGGCAAUUUUCCGAUUCAGGAAAGCUGAUUGCUGCUAUUUGCCAUGGGCAAUUGAUCUUGGCAGCUGCAGGCUUAUUAAAAGGUCGGAAGUGCACUGCAUACCAUGCUCUGAGACCUGUUCUCAUCGAUGCCGGUGCUCAUUGGAUUGAACCCAAAACCAUGAUGGAUUGUGUUUCUGAUGGCAAUCUCAUUACUGGAGUUAUAUAUAAGGCGCAUCCUGAGUACAUCCAACUUGUUGUGAAGGCACUGGGAGGCAAGAUAGCUGGUUCAGAUAAAAGGAUUCUGUUUCUCUGUGGGGAUUUCAUGGAAGAUUAUGAGGUUACUGUUCCUCUUCAAUCCCUUCAAGCUCUUGGGUGCCACGUUGAUGCAGUUUGCCCCAAGAAGAAGGCUGGGGAUUUCUGCCCGACUGCAGUCCAUGACUUUGAAGGUGACCAAACAUACACUGAGAAGCCAGGCCAUAAUUUCAUUCUAACAGCUUCCUAUGAAGGCUUGGAUGCCUCGAGUUACGACGCUCUCGUCAUCCCUGGAGGCCGGUCUCCAGAAUAUUUGGCACUGGAUGAGACAGUGAUUGCCUUGGUGAAGAAAUUCAUGCAAUCAAAGAAGCCAGUUGCCUCUAUUUGUCACGGGCAGCAGAUCCUAGCUGCUGCGGGAGUUCUCAAGGGAAGAAAGUGCACCGCAUACCCUGCCGUGAAGCUGAACGUCGUCUUGGGAGGGGCAACAUGGCUAGAACCGGAUCCAAUCGAUCGUUGCUACACCGACGAAAACCUGGUCACCGGAGCUGCAUGGCCAGGGCACCCUCAGUUUGUGUCUCAGCUGAUGGCCUUACUUGGUAUCCGAGUGUCAUUCUAGCUGUGCUGUUGCAAUAAUACUACCUGUUCAUGUAUGUCUAUCAAAUAACAUCCGGAUUCAAAGCCCUUGAUGACCCUGCUUUAAUGUUUAAGUGGAUGGCCUCAUUUGGCAUUGUAUUUUA